CGAUAUGCUAAAAGCUAUACGGACAGUUAUGCAGACAGCUACAAAGACCAGUACCUGCGGAACGAGGUGGUAGAAUACGUCACAGUGUAUGAAGAGGAGGCACCGCGGCAGAAAAAUGCCGUGCACCGGCAGAUCCGGAACCGCAACAGGGAUGACUCGCAGAACAUGACGCUUAACCGCGUAGACGACCAGGACACCAUUUUGGUUAGAGAACGGCAGCAGGAGAAGGCCAUGGCCAAGCGCAGCACACUCGAGGGUGUCCGCGAAACACUCGUGGAUUCGGGGCUGAUACCUGAUGUGCUCCCGGAUAGCUUCAAGCCCGAGUUCAACAUCACUUUGCGCUUCAACAACCAGCCGGUCAGCAUGGGUGAGAUAUUGACGCUCAACGACACGCGUAAUGAGCCCACCAUUGAGUUUGACGGGCCGCUGGGCCAGGUCUUUACUGUGGCUAUUGUCGACGCCGACAGCCCGUCAAUGGCCAACAUGGCAUCCAAUCUGGACAACGUACCAGGCAGUACUAACAAUAUUAUUACACCUUAUCAGGCGCCGCAGCCGGCCUUUGGCACUGGCUUGCACCGCUUUGCUGUGACCGUACUGAAACAGAACGAUAGGUUUAAAGUCACUGACAGCGAUAUACCCGAGUCCAGAGUGCGCUUUGAUGUCAAUGAGUGGGGCAA